GCAUGAAAUGCUGUCAGGACAGUUUAUUCGUAAUAUUCAGUUGCGUGUAACACGAUAUUUUACUUGUAGCAGUAUUUUAGGAGAAAUUAAUAAAGUAGAUAAAAUUCCUGCACAAAAAAGCAAUGAGUCUACAAAGGACAGUGUCAUGGGUUCACGCAUGCAUCGGGUAACUAAUUUUGACAAGAGAGUACUUGUUUGGGUAAAUCGAUAUCCGAGCAUUGCAGAUGUUCCUAAAGAUGUUACGUAUGUGUU